AUGACAUCCUCAUCAUCUGCGAAUAUCGAACAAACGGUUCAAACUCGAAAUUCGGAGCCUCCAAGUCUCAACGUUUAUACGGGUCCAGAAUCCCUUGAGACGAAAACAUGGUCAAAAUCUCUUCCUACACCGGAGUUUUUGAAUGUUGGGAGGACUCCAUUACCAUUUCCACCACCACUCACUCGAGAAAUGUUUUCUACACCUGAUUUCAACUGUGACCAUUUUCUGGCAAAUAGACGUCACUUAACUUUGGAUGAAUUAAAAAAAGAAUUGAAUGUGCAUUUGAAAAGCUUGAAAAGCGAACUUGUGGAAAUGAUCAAUAGAGAUUAUGCGAGUUUC